AUGGAAAUAGUGGGAAGUAUCAUGUUGUGGAACCUGAAGCAUGAUCAGUUCCUCUGCUUCGCCGUGGACGAUGGCACCAACUGCAUCCUUUUGCUCUCGCUCAACGAUGCCAAUUCCUCCUCCGUCGCCUGCCGUCAUCACCACGACCACGCCAUGCGCUUCGCCUCACUCGUCAAGCUUGACAUAGUGGCCAUAGUUAAGGGCAGGCUGAGCCGCUUCAGGGGAGCAGUGCAGGUGACGAUGUCCAACGUUGUUGUGGAGAGAAACCCCAACGCAGAGAUCUUCCACUGCCUGAAUUGCAUCUUGUUGACUCAUAACUAUUACAAUGUCUUCCCUGGCUGGGGCAUUGACGGGGUCAUGGGUCCAGUGCAGGUGUCAGGCAGGAGGCCGUGGCAGCAAAGAGAAUAA